UUAUUACUAUUUCUCCGCGGCAGCUGCAGCUGACAAGCAGAGAUUUCGUACAAAUGGAUAGGGAGGGAAGGAAUAGCGGGCGAGUUUGAACUGUUGCUCUCUGAAGCCCCAACUUUUGUCGCUCUCAGCUCGAGUAUCUUCCUCAGAUCGAGUUACGGUUCUAGCGUCUAAACCUGUUGGGACGGCAGAAGACAAACCAUCAUCUGAAGUGGGGGGAAUUAUGACGGAAAGUGGGUCUGCUCUGUCACCUGAAGGUAAUACUUUGGUAUCUGUUGAUUCUGAAGAGUUGGACACUAAACCUAAAUGUGGCACGGUGGAUAAGGCCACAAUAGAUAAUGGAUCUGGUCCUCCGGAUCUGAGGAAUGCUGUGUUCGAAUCUGGAGAUAAGGGAAAUGACUGUGCAGUUAAUAUAGAGGAGAAUGGUGAACAGAAGGACAUUGAAGAAACGGACACUGCAAAAGAAAAUGAUAUCAGACACUCAAAGGAAGACAACACAAUUGACGAUGCAAAACCUGCGCAAAAUGAAAAUACUGUAGAAGAACCAAAAGAAGACGACACAAUUAAGGAUUCUGGACCUGUGCAAAAAGAAAGUACCUUAGAAGAAUCAAAAGAAGAUGACACGACUGAGGAUGCAAGACCUGUGCAAAAAGAAAGACCUAUAGAAGAAUCCAAAGAAAAUGAUAUAACUGAGGAUGCACGACCUCUGCAAAUGGAAAGUUCUGCAGAAGAAUCAAAAGAAGAUGACACAAUUGAGGAUGCAAGACCAGUGCAAAAUGAAGAUACUGUAGAAGAAUUGGAAGGAGAUGAUACGGUUGAGGAUUCUGGAUCUGUGCAAAAAGAAAGUACUUCACAAGAAUCAAAAGAAGAUGACACAGCUAAGGAUGCGAGACCUGUGCAGAAAGACAGUUCUGUAGAAGAAUCAAAAGAAGACGACAUAACUGAGGAUGCACGGCCUAUGCAAAAAGAAAGUAUUAUAGAAGAAUCAAAAGAAGACGACACAAUUAAGGACGCAAGACCUCUGCGAAAAGAAAUUACUACAGAAGAAUCGAAAGAUGACAAUAGAAUUGAGGGUGUGGAUACAAUGGCCAAACAGAAUGAUAUAAAAAAUACAAAAGACAAAAAUGAGAUUGACGAUACAAUUGCUACUAUUGAGGAUACGGAAAUGGUUGAGGAAGAAGGUGAUAAAGCAGGUAAGGGUGUGACAACUACCACUGCAAAAUCAAAUGAUGUAGAAGAAUCAAAAGAAGGUAUCAGAACUGAGGACCCAAGUACUGCCAAAUCUGAGGAUGGGAAAAAGACUGAUGCGGAAGGUCAUAAAAUAAAGGCUGUUGAGGAUGGAAAAAUGAUUGUUGUGGAAGGUGAUAAAGCAAUCACGGUUGAGGAUGUGGAAAUGGUAGAUGCAGAGGAUGAAAAAAAUGAGGGAGUGGAAAAAGAAGAGGAGGGCGUGAAGCAAGAACCAAAAAAUCAUAUGGAGGGUGAAGAAAAUGGUAAUACUGAACAGAAGGAUAACAGGGAUAAUGAAGCUGUAGGGUAUAAAAGGAAAAGAUCGCAGGUUCAAAUUAAAAAGAGAGAAGGAGGUGUAAGUGUGACAAAAGCCAAGGAGUUACUAAAUAGUCCUAUCUCUUCAUCCAUUGAACGUCCUGUGCGUGAAAGAAAAGCUGUAGAGAGAUUGGUAGAAGUAAUUGAAAAUGAGGCAUCAAGGGAGUUCCAAGUUGAAAAGGGACGUGGCACUCCAUUGAAGGAUAUACCAAGUGUGGCUCACAAGCUAGCAAGGAAGAAACCUGAUGAUAUUAAAUUGAUUCAUCAUACUCUUUUUGGAAGGAGAGGAAAGGCAGUGAAUUUCAAACAUCAUAUUCUCCAGUUUUCAGGUUUUGUAUGGCAUGAAAGUGAUGAAAAGCAGAGAGAUAAAAUGAAGGAGAAACUUGACAAGUAUGUAAAAGAUACACUGUUGGAUCUAUGCGAUCUGUUUGAUUUACCGGCUUCCAAAGCCAAUUCUAGAAAGGAAGAACUUGUAGAAAAGUUGUUGGACUUCUUGGUUGCCCCUCACCCUAACAAUGAACAAUCAACAAAAUCCAGAAAACGCAAGAGACUAGCCAAGGGAAGUUCUUCAAAGAGAAUUGAAGGUGCACAUUCAAAGAGGUCUAGAAAGAAAGAGAACACAGAUGAUGCCUCUCUGAGUGAAGGAGAUAAAAGCUCAUCAGAAAUGGACGAUGGAGAUGAAGUCAAUGAAAGUGAUCCUCUCAAAGGCAAAUCAGUUGAGCUUUCUGAGAGUGAAGAUGACGAUGAAACUAAUGACAUGUCCAAAGAAAAUGAACAUGAAAAAGAGGAUCUAGAAAAGGGGAACAAAGAGAAGAAGAGAGUUUCUAAACAGAAGGAUUCUAUUGGUAUGGAAACUGUGAGGACCAACUCUAAGGCAGAGUUAGUUGCUGCAACUGCCAAGGAUUCUACUAAACAAUCAUCUUCCUUACACACCAAAACAAAGGAUGUUGCUGAUGAUGUACGUACAAAGGUCUUCUCCAGGAAGAAAAAAAUGACUGAUUCACCUAAGAAAAAGUCAACCAUUAGAUCAGCAAAGAAAGAAAAGGAUACUGGUAAAAGGGUUAGUAAAGAUAAUAAAGCAAAAUCCAAAGCCCAACAACCAAGCAAGGAGGAAUUACGAAAGAAAAUAUGUGAAAUUCUGAAGGAAGUCGACUUUAACACGGCAACUUUCACAGAUAUUCUGAAGCUGCUUGCUACGCACUAUAGAGCGGAUCUGAACCCCCGGAAAGCAUCGAUAAAGCUCAUAAUCCAAGAGGAGCUGACCAAAUUGGCUGAAGCUGAGGACGAAGAAGAUGAAGAAUGAGACAGAUGCUGAGAAUGUGCAGGCCAUUAAUGAAUCAGAAUAGUUAACACUCAUAUGGAACUCGCACUUAACUCAUGUAAUGCUGUGGCAUGUACUUUAGGUGACACCUAUGAUGUUCACAUUCUAAUUCACCUGUAGCAGCAAUGUUUGUGCUUGCUUAUUUGUAGGUGUAGGAGAUGUAGUUCUGAUAGUUAUUAGGUUUUGUUUGUAAACUAGAGAUGGAGAAUUUCUUCAGUUUGUGUGCAUCUUUAGAAUUUAUGGAUCCAGUUUGUUUAA